AUGGCAUCAGUUACCAAGAUUGUUUUGGACCAUACCAAGGACGUCGGCGUCUUUAGUGUGGGAAUUUCGGAAUCCUCAGCUCGCGCUGCUAGCGAGGUAUUGCAAGAUGAUCUGGAGACCCAUCAUAUCUUCUUCAAUGACUCCGGGUUCCAUGACCAUAUUGUUCACCACAUCUUGACCAUCUACGCCCUCGGAGGUAGCCCCGAUGACAUCCGGGCUGCAUACAAUAACAACAAGACAUAUCAACUUCCUGCCAUGGCUACCAACUCGCUCCUGGUUCAGGAUCUCAGCGACAAUGCUACUUUCAUGGCCCACUUAGGGGAGAAGGAUCAGUAUUCCAACUACCUGUCCUUUUUCCAGAACGAGAUCAAGGCCAAGGGAGUUGAACGCACCAUCCAAGAGCAUAUUUUUGCGGGCACGGAGCUCGCUAAUAACAUGCUCGGAAGACUAUAUGGCGGGCUUAUCCACCCUCUCAUUCACCUUGGGUUUGCGCUGGAAUUCAAUCAACCCGCCAUAGUCGCGCAGGCACUUGCCGAAACUGCUGUCCAUGAGGAUGAACUCGGCCGCAUGUUCUUCUGGCCAGCGGAUGAAAAGGCCAAGAAGAACACGAAGACGAGCUACAGGCCAUUUUUGCAGCUGGUCAAUGAGGUCAAAGAGGACAGCGUCAUUCGAUCAGCUGUCAAGAAGACUGAUGAAAGAAAGAUCCUCGCUCUGCUCACUCGUGCUCCUGAGCGCGUCCUCGAUCUUGUGGCGGGAUAUGUCGUGCCCGAGGACAAGUUGGAGGAGGCGACAGCCGAUAUGACCAAUGCAGUUUCAUACUUCACCGGCGCUGCCCAACGCCCAAAGAAGGCAGUCAAGCUAGACUUCUUCCUGCUCCAUUCGGUGACUUGCUCUCUGUUCUUUUCAAAGUUCAUCAGCCUCCCUUGGCUGGACCGAGCUACGAAGGCUCGAAUGCUGGAAUGGAAGGGCCGCUUUGAUCUUCUGUCCUACGCAUCCCGGGGCUCUCCAGAUCUUCUUUUGGACGAAGUCAGUGCGUACCCGGUGACGAACGACUGGCGGGCUGUUUUUUCUCGAAGUUGUAGUCACCCCGGGGACGAUGGGCACUUGCCAAAGCUUGUUCGAGCUCUUGCGCACGGAGAGCAAGUAUGUCGAACGUUCGAGCACAAGGGAGUUCAGGACAUGCCGAUUCGGGGGGGAUAUGUGGCUUCGGAUCGGAAAUAUGGGUGA